CCCUACAGCCCGGUGCUCAGACGGUCUGCCAAAUCCCGAAGCAGAAGUCCAUACUCAUCUAGGCAUUCAAGGUCUCGUAGCAGGCACAGAUUGUCUAGAUCCCGGAGUCGUCAUUCUAGCAUUUCUCCUAGCACACUGACUCUGAAGAGUAGCCUGGCUGCCGAGUUGAACAAGAAUAAAAAAGCACGAGCUGCAGAGGCGGCACGAGCUGCAGAGGCAGCAAAAGCUGCAGAAGCUGCCAAGGCUGCAGAGGCAGCUGCAAAAGCUGCAAAAGCCUCCAACACCUCUACACCAACCAAGGGGAACACUGAAACUGGAGCCAGUUCAUCACAAACCAACCACGUGAAGGAUGUGAAGAAACUUAAAACCGAGCAUGCGCCUUCUCCCUCAAGUGGUGUGACUUUAAAAAAUGACAAGGCAAAAACAAAGCCACCUCUUCAGGUAACAAAGGUAGACAAUAAUUUGAUUGUAGAUAAAGCCACCAAGAAAACAGCUGUAGUUGGAAAAGAGAGUAAAUCUGCUGCUACGAAGGAGGAACCAGUAUCUCUCAAAGAGAAAACCAAACCACUGACCCCAAGCAUUGGAGCCAAGGAGAAGGAGCAACAUGUGACUUUAGUGACCUCUACACUCCCACCCUUACCAUUGCCUCCUAUGCUGCCUGAAGAUAAAGAUGCUGAUAGCUUAAGAGGAAAUAUUUCUGUAAAAGCAGUUAAAAAAGAAGUAGAAAAGAAACUCCGAUGUCUACUUGCUGAUUUACCACUGCCCCCUGAACUACCAGGAGGAGAUGAUCUUUCCAAGAGUCCAGAGGAAAAGAAAACUGCAACGCAGUUGCAUAGUAAACGGAGACCUAAAAUAUGUGGGCCUCGCUAUGGUGAAAUCAAAGAAAAAGAUAUUGACUGGGGAAAACGCUGCGUGGAUAAAUUUGAUAUCAUCGGAAUUAUUGGAGAAGGUACUUACGGACAAGUUUACAAGGCCAGGGAUAAAGACACUGGAGAAAUGGUAGCCUUAAAAAAAGUACGUCUGGAUAAUGAAAAAGAAGGCUUUCCAAUCACAGCAAUUCGAGAAAUUAAAAUUCUCCGACAGCUUACCCACCAGAGUAUUAUCAAUAUGAAGGAAAUAGUGACUGAUAAAGAAGAUGCUUUGGAUUUUAAGAAGGACAAAGGUGCAUUUUAUCUGGUGUUUGAGUACAUGGACCAUGACCUGAUGGGACUGCUGGAAUCAGGCUUGGUUCAUUUUAAUGAAAAUCACAUCAAGUCAUUUAUGAGACAGCUCAUGGAAGGUCUAGAUUAUUGUCAUAAGAAGAACUUUUUGCAUAGAGAUAUUAAAUGUUCAAAUAUCCUUCUAAACAAUAGAGGGCAGAUAAAACUUGCAGAUUUUGGACUUGCUCGUUUAUAUAGCUCAGAAGAAAGUCGACCAUAUACUAACAAGGUCAUCACUUUAUGGUACCGCCCACCUGAGCUGCUGUUAGGAGAAGAACGAUAUACACCAGCUAUUGAUGUUUGGAGCUGUGGAUGUAUACUUGGUGAACUCUUCACUAAAAAACCUAUAUUUCAAGCAAAUCAGGAACUUGCACAACUAGAAUUAAUAAGCCGUAUAUGUGGGAGUCCGUGUCCAGCAGUGUGGCCUGAUGUAAUCAAGCUACCAUAUUUCAACACUAUGAAACCAAAGAAGCAAUAUCGCCGAAAGUUAAGAGAAGAGUUUGUUUUCAUUCCUGCAGCUGCACUAGACUUAUUUGAUUACAUGCUCGCCUUGGAUCCUAGUAAGCGCUGCACUGCUGAGCAGGCUCUCCAGUGUGAAUUUCUGCGAGAUGUUGAGCCCUCAAAAAUGCCUCCACCAGACCUUCCUUUAUGGCAAGAUUGUCAUGAGUUAUGGAGUAAAAAGCGAAGAAGACAGAAGCAGAUGGGCAUGACUGAUGAUGUUUCCACCAUUAAGGCUCCCAGAAAGGACUUGUCUCUGGGUUUGGACGACAGCAGAACUAAUACACCACAAGGUGUGCUGCCAGCUACACAGCUAAAAUCUCAGGGCAACUCAAAUGUAGCACCUGUAAUAACAGGCCCCGGACAGCAGUUAAACCACAGUGAAUUGGCAAUUCUACUAAACCUACUACAGUCUAAAACAAGUAUUAAUAUGGCUGAUUUUGUGCAAGUGUUGAACAUUAAGGUAAACUCUGAGACUCAACAGCAACUAAAUAAAAUAAACCUUCCUGCUGGAAUUUUGGCAACAGGUGAAAAACAGACAGAUCCAUCAACACCACAGCAGGAGUCUUCGAAACCAUUGGGAGGAAUUCAGCCUUCUUCUCAGACUGUCCAGCCGAAAGUGGAGACUGAUGCUGCCCAGGCUGCUGUGCAGAGUGCAUUUGCAGUUCUGUUGACUCAGUUAAUAAAGGCUCAGCAGUCAAAGCAGAAAGAUGUGCUACUAGAAGAGAGGGAAAAUGGUUCGGGAUAUGAUACAUCACAACUCAGGCCACCUCCAGAACCUAGCACACCUGUAUCGGGGCAAGAUGACCUCAUCCAGCACCAAGAUAGAAGGAGAUUGGAGCUAACACCAGAGCGACCUCGGAUUUUGCCUCCUGAUCAACGACCUCCGGAGCCUCCUGAACCACCACCAGUCACCGAGGAAGAUCUGGAUUAUCGGACAGAAAACCAGCAUGUACCUACUACUAGUUCUUCAUUAACUGACCCUCAUGCUGGAGUGAAAGCAGCCCUGUUACAGCUUCUUGCUCAGCAUCAGCCCCAGGAUGAGCCCAAACGAGAAGGUGGUAUUGAUUAUCCAGCAGGAGACACUUACGUCCCCACUUCAGACUACAAGGAUAGCUUUGGAACAUCAUCUUUCUCCUCUGCUCCUUAUGUUAGCAGUGAUGGUCUAGGAAGUAGUUCUGCUGCACCAUUGGAACGACGUAGCUUCAUUGGAAACUCAGAUAUCCCGUCUUUGGAUAACUACAGUACUGCUUCAUCUCAUUCUGGUGGUCCACCUCAGCCUUCUGCCUUUUCUGAGUCAUUUCCUAGUUCUGUAGCUGGAUAUGGAGACAUUUACCUCAAUGCUGGUCCCAUGUUGUUUAGUGGAGACAAGGACCACAGAUUUGAGUACAGCCAUGGUCCUAUUGCCGUUCUGGCAAACAGCAGUGACCCUUCCACAGGGCCAGAGAGUACUCAUCCUUUGCCAGCAAAGAUGCACAACUAUAACUAUGGUGGUAAUUUACAGGAAAAUCCAGGUGGCCCAAGCCUCUUGCAUGGGCAGACCUGGACGUCCCCUGCCCAAGGCCCUGGAUAUUCACAAGGAUACAGGGGACACAUCAGCACAUCAGCUGGCAGAGGUCGAGGCAGAGGGUUACCAUAUUGAGUAUCUGUUUUUCCUCAGGCACAUCAUUUUUAUCUGGAAAGACUUUCUAGCUGCAAUUUAAAGCAGCAAUCCAAGAGACUUGAAUAAUAUUAAUUCAACAACAGCUUUAUUUUUAUGUGGAAAAGGGUCUUGCAUACAAUAGUUUAAAGAAACUUUGCUUAAAUUCAUGCUGUUCUUAAAAUUAGAUCUAUUGAUUGUACAUCUUCACAAAUUCUAGUUAACAAUUUUAUUUUGUAUUCUUGCAGUUUUAAGUGGAUGCUAAUCUUAGGGACAUAAGCUUUUUAUGGCCCUCUUGCAAAUCUUCUGAACUAUGCACAUUUGUGCUUUUUUUGUAAGUUUGGACCAACUUUUAUGUAACAACAACCCAUCCCUGCCCCCCUCCAGUUUUACAACAAUCAGAAAGGGCACUGAUUUAUUUGGUAUUUUUCUUUUUACAAAGCUACCUUUAGUCAAAGGUCACUGUCCGUCUUUGCACCUGCUUUCAGUGUUAUUGUGAAAGGUGUACUUUGUGCUCAUUUCAGAAAAUAAAACACAACCUUUCUCUUGAUGCAACAGUUUUAUAAAAAAAAAAAAUGGUCAACGUUAUUUUUGUUUUGUUUUAUGAUUACCAUAGCCUAGCAAAAUGCAUUCAAAUGAAAUAGUGGGUUUUAUAUGAAAAAUAUGGGUGGGGUGGGGAGGGCUAAGUAAGUGCCUUAACAGGUAAGCUUAAGGUCUGAAAAGCAGUUUACACCCAUUUGUCUUUUAAAGGGAAUCAAUGCAUUGUAUUAAAGACGUAGGAGGCUCUCAAGUUUUUAGGGGCUGCCUGUUCAGUUCGUUACGUCCAUUCCCUCUGCCUGUUAGACUGUCUCCUUUUCUGCCUGUCUUUGGGCUGUGUCAACUUUUACUGUUACCUUCUCCUUUUAGGGGACUGAAAGCAAAGAAAGGGAGUAGAACUGUAACCAGUAUCUUCUGUCACUUCUGAGAAGUUCUAAAAUGUUUUUUCAUUUCAUGGUUGAAAGUAGUAGCUACAUGAGAAUUUUAGAGUAGUGUUUUCUUUUAGGCUGCCACAUUGUUUCCACUUGGAGGAUGAGUUCAGAAGCAAGAAUUAAUAACAGAUUUUACAUAAGUUUGUUAAACUUUAAGGAAGGGGGGGUGGCAAACACAGUAUUUAAGUUUUUCAAUUGCCAUUUUAAGAAAAAGUCAAGUUGUUAACUAGAAACAUUGCCUAGAUUGAAUUUAUUAAAGCAAACAAAAAGAAAACAGAUAAAACCUUUUAUUUUCCUUCCCCUCAUCUUUAUAAAGUUUAUUAUGGCUUCUGCUAGACUUUUUCAUUAAAAGUAAAAAAAGAAAUUGGAAUAGCCUUCAUUUAAACUGUAAUAUUGUCAAGUUUCAAGUUUUAAUACACACACAAUUAGAAUAUUCUGGAAAGGAACCAAAGGUAAUUAACCAGUAUAUCCAUCAUCAUUAAGUGGAAAAAUAGGCUCUGUAAAUUUAAAGUUGUGCCAAUUAACCACUUUGCUUUAACUGUUCUGGUAACUUACUUUUUAUUGGAGUCUUAAACUGGAACAACUGUUAUAGAAUGAAGAUUGCUCCAGGUCUAAAAGCCAUGCUCUCUGUUUCUCUGAUUUAUGAACCUGCACUUCAAAACAGAAUAUGGAAAACAUUACAGUUUGGUAACAAUAAGAAUAUGUUAAGGUGCAUAAGUUACCAUUUUACUAGUACAAAAUGAGUUGAUGUUAGUUGCCCAUUUUAUUUUUUGAUGUAAUGUUUUGUUUGGGGGAGAAAGAUGAAUGGAAAAUAAUUGUUUUUAUUUGAAUGAGUACUAACAACUUAAAACUACAUUACAAGAAGUGAAGAAAUAUUUUGAAAUUUAGUAAAAUAGCUAUAGUAUUCAAGUUUCUGAAAUUUUAAUAUGGUGAGUCGUAGAGCUUUAGACUUUCUUAUAAGUGACAGUAAGUUAUUCUUAAUAGUCACACCUGAUAAUUCUGCUGACCAUAAGCAGCUAACCUAAAUUUUAAAAUAUUUAUGUGACAUGAAUAGCCUGUGUUUUUAAAAUUAAAUAUUUUAUAUAAAAGUGAACUGUGUUUGGAUAGUUUUUCUAAUUAAGCACUUCAGUUAUGCAUUUAUGUUGGGAGAGUGGGAAGACAAGGAGAUUGUUGGCUUUGAAAUGAAAAAUUUGAACUAUACCUUCAGUCUUAAAGACAACAUUGUUUGUUAGCCAUACUAAUAUUUUUUGUACCACUUAGAAGAAAAAAGUGUUGCCUGUUAAACCAUAAUACAAUGCUGAGUCUGUCAAUUGUAAAAUAAUCCUAGAUUCAAAGGUAUUUAUAUUAAAGAAUAUAUCUUAAAAUUGAAAUGUGGUAGUAAAAAAAAAUCUUAAUGCAGGCCUCCAUAAUAUUUAAUUCAGUGAAUUUGGAUUAAUAAAAAGAGUGGGGUUGGGAAAUCACUAAUUCUUUAGCUUAUAAUGACUACAGCAAUCACUGGGUAUGUUUUAGUGAAAUCUGAAGAGUGUAAAAUACUGCGUAAGGUCUUUUGGAAAGAAGUGGGUAAGUCAGAUUGCAAGUAAGAUGAAAUUAGAAAAGUUUGACCUGUGUAAAGGAGAAAAUAUUUAUCUUCUCCCAUGUGAAAUUCCAUUUUGUAUUUCCUGACACAGCAAAUUCUGCAUACAACUGAAUGUGGUUCCCAAAUCUUCAUUUUCUGUUGGGGAUUUGAAGUUUUAAGUUACCGAUUCAAAUAAUUUAUGAAGUGUGAAUUACUUUAGCUGUAAUUCAGCAUUUCGUCGCUGGCAGCAAUGAUAUAUUAAUUGCCUACCAUGUGCUAGGUAUUAUUGUAGUCCUUGGGUUACACCAGUAAACAGGAAUACUGUUAAAUGAUCUAGAAGGCUGGCAGCAAAGUUUUAAGAUGUCUGGAGAAGCUAGCAGCAUCUGCUACUCUGAGCUAUCUCUAAAUUAUACUUAAGUGUAUAAAAGAAUGGAAAUUUGAGUGUAAAAACUUAAACUGAAACUUGAAUAGGGAGAUAAGGUUUUGAGAGGAAUUAGAACUGGAAUUCGGUAAUGAAAAAAUUUUAAGUUGAAUUUGGCUAAUUGGUAAUAGACUGACAAAUAACCAGUAUUAUUCAAGAAAAACAAAAAGGAUAUGGGUUAAAUGCCUCCAAACUCUCAUAACUGGUACUUGUAAGUUAAGAUUUUGGUGUAUUUGGUAUAAGCUCUGUCCAGUUUUGAUUUAUUUUAGCCCUAGGCUUAAGUAAAGCUAAAUACAAACGUACAUGUCUAGUGAUACCCUUGGAUAAUGGUUUUGGUAUUUUUAAAAGUCUGAACAGGAUAUACCAAUACAUAAAAGUGUAAUAUGGUCAGUCUCCUCACUAUGCAGCUAAUAAAAAUGAGGUUUAGGAUUUUGGGACCUUUUUAGGACAACUGGAUUGCCAGUGUUUGUUCCUGAGUCAUUAUCUAGCUUAAUGGUAAAGUUGCAUUAAUAACCUGACAAGUGUUACAGUAAAGUUAAAUUAUUAAAUGCAGACUAUCAGACUAAUAACACUAGUAGCUUUUAAAAAGCUUAUUUAAGACGAAGUAUGAUUCUAAUUCAGAAAAAUAAAAUUAAAAUUUUAGGAAAUUAGUAAUGUGUAGGGACUGUUCAUUUCACAUAUUGGAUUGAUUAUUUUCCUGCAGUUCUGGAGAUCCAGUAGCCCUUUUAAAUAUUUAAAAUUUUGAGACAGGGUUUCAGUAAAUUGGCUAUACUGGCUUCACACAAUUCUUCCCUUCCUUCUUCCUUCAGUCUCUUCUGUCCUGGGAUUGAACCCAGGAGUACUGUACCACUAUAUCCCCAAUCCUUUUUAGUUUUUAUAUUGGGACAGCAUCACCCUAACUUGCCCAGGCAGGCUUCAGACUUUGAUCUUCCUGCCUGUGCCUCAGCCUGCCUGCCUACUAGCUGAGAUUCUCUUUGUGCCCAGCUUUUGAUAGUGUUUUAAAAGAAGUUCCUGGGACUGGAGGUGUGGCUCAGUGGUACAGUGCUCCUAACAAGCUCAAGGCCUUAGUUUCCAUUCUUAGCAAAAAAAAAAAA